GUGAGUGAGGCAGGGAGUGAGGCGCGCUGGCGGCUCGGGGUGUCCCGGCUCCCUGGCCUGGGCUCGGCGUUGUCCUCGUCCCCUGUAAGGGUGUAGCAGGCAGGGUGCGCCUGACGAGGUCGGCGGAAGGGGCCGGCAGCCGGGCACAGCGGCAAGUACCGGGCUGCCGGCUCCGGAGGCUCAGAGCUGAGCAGCCCGAGGGACGCCCUUCUCUGCCGGGUGGCCGUUGUCAGGGGGUUCGGGAGGCAAGAGUUGCUGAAGGGACUCCCUUCCUCCCUGUUUCCCCGCCAGCCCCUCAAGGGAAGGGGGGGGUUGUUGGGGUGUCCUGUAUCGGGUGGUCUCUUCUUGUGGGUCUGCGGGUGUGAAGCCAGUUCUGGGGCGAGCGAGCAAAUGAGCCAAGGGAGAGCGGACACCAUAAGCUGUUUCUAGGGGCCCCUAGUGGCGCGAGGACUGCGCGGAAGAAUUGAGAGUUUCUAGGGGCCCCGGGAGUUUAUCGGGGAGGGUAAGGGUGUUCGGCGUCCCUGUUGGCAGCCUGCUCGUGAAGUCCCCUUAAGAGCAGGUGGGUAGGCCGGAGAGGCUUCGAGGUGCGCCGUGAAGAGGAAGUCUUGGGGCAUCCCGGCAAAGUUGUUCGGGGCGGGAGAGGUGCUGCUUCUUUCGUCGCCUGUCUCCCGGGGCUGGUGGGAGGCUGCGAUGAAUGGUUUCAGCACUGAGGAAGACAGUCGGGAUGGGCCUCCCACCACCCCUUUUUAUGGACAGAGCUGCUGCCUCAUUGACGACGGGGACCGCUGUGUCCGCCCGGCUGGGAAUGCCUCCUUCAGCAAGAGGAUCCAGAAGAGCAUCUCACAGAAAAAACUGAAAUUGGACAUUGACAAAAGCGUAAGACAUCUAUAUAUAUGUGAUUUCCACAAGAACUUCAUUCAGAGUGUUCGAAACAAAAGGAAGAGGAAGACCAGUGAUGAUGGUGGAGACUCACCAGAGCAUGAGAUAGAUGUCCCAGAGGUUGACUUAUUUCAACUUCAGGUAAACACACUACGCCGUUAUAAAAGGCAUUACAAGUUGCAAACAAGACCUGGCCUCAAUAAAGCUCAACUAGCAGAAACUGUCAGCCGCCACUUCAGGAACAUCCCAGUGAAUGAGAAGGAGACCCUUGCUUAUUUCAUCUAUAUGGUGAAGAGUAAUAAGAGUAGGUUGGAUCAGAAGUCAGAAACUGGCAAACUAGAAUGAAAGUUAAGCAGACCUUGGACAUUGAGUGUGAUAUUUAAAAAAAAAAAUCAGGUGCAUUAUGAAGAACUUUUAAACACUUCUGUAAAGUGUAAACUAGAGAAUAUAGAAUAUAUCACUCCAGGAUGUGUUUGACUUCUGCUAUUUCAUUUAACUUAAAGUAUCACUGGAAAACUCCAAGAAGUCAGUCAGCGGCUGUCCAGAGGAUUGAAAUACAUCUUUAAGUGUAAGACAAGCCCCACGUGAGACAAGAUUACCAUUCUUGGACUAGACUGUAUCAUCCAUAUGUAGUACAUGCUGGCACAGGUUAGGCACAACACUGGGAUUCUUACAGAAAAUCUGGUCUGUGGCUUCUAUUUCUAAGUGUGCUUACCACUGUCUGCACAUAUGAAAGCAAGGGACAUUCACAAGUCCCCCAGGUUUUUUUGUGUAUAUGGGUCAUAGUUUAGGAAUGUUAAGAUAGCCUGCCUUGCUUAUUUGCUGAACUGUUAGAAACGUUGUACUGAAUUCACAAAAGUUAUUGAAUAUUUUAGUGUUUUCCCACAUUUUAUUAAUGUAUGCCAUUUAAUAGAGAGCAUUUAAAUACAGUACAUACCGUUCUCUUAGAGUUCAGUGUGUACAUUACCCUGAAGCUGAAAGUUUCUUCUCUUUAGUUGGUAUGGGCCCUCAGUCAGUACAUGAAACACCAGAUUAAAGCUAUGAUCUUCGGUUUGGAACGGUUAUUGUUUGCAAGCCACGUGAAUUGCAGUUUAUCUAGUUCUCAUAAGACAUAUCCACUGCAUUAAUGGCCCAUCUGAUGCUUGAGUCUAGAACUGAAACAACCUGGGAAUAGUAGUGUUUAUUCUAGUAGAUAGAUAUGGAUCAGUUUUGACAGUUGCCUCUGCCCUGAUACUUGGCAGUGAGAACUGGUGACAAAUCGUCUGUCUCUCCUAGCUGCGCCUUCCUGAAGUGUGCAGCAAUAACCUAACAAUAAUUACUAUUGUGAUACAAAUUCCAUACUGCUUCCCACCCAGUUGUGACUCAAAGUUCCGUUUGUGCUGUAGUGCACAUACAAUUUUGCCAUUCAGUUCAAUAUAGGAAGAAGUGUUAGUCUCUAAAACAGACCUACAAAACAGACACAGCCCCCCAGCUACGUAGUUUGGCCAGGUGUUUGACAAUAUCUUCACCUCUUCUCUAAUCACAAAUAGGCAACAAAAGCUGUUCAUAGAGGGCUACUGUACGUGGCUGCUGAAUUGUCAUGUGGCGGGUCAUAGCCUAUAGAGGCCUACCUAAGACUUUCCCAAAGAACAGUUUGUAACCUUCUUCUAGUCACUUUGCAUCUUAUUCAUCAUAAACUUGGAAACUGUUAACAUCAUCUGUCGUUUACUGCUGUAGUCCUUAGACUUGUUUAAUAAAACAGCAGUCCUGAUCACUGUGUUCUGGAAAUAAACUCCACUGAAAACAAUCUUUAUGUUGUAUAAGAGAAUCUGCUCCAAAAGUGGUUUUUUAAAUUUUGCUGUGAAGUAUCUUUAAAAUUUUACUGUGAGAGAUGGGCAGGCAUUCAAGUGUUUGGGAAGCACUCUGAUAGUGGGUUUUAAUUUUCAAAAACUUAAUUUUACUUUGGUUAAUUAUUACCUUUUGAAAGAUGCUGCAUAAUUCAUGACAUCUGCAUUUGCAAGAAAUGUAGAACUACCUUGCUUAAUUUUUUUAGUUCUGGCAAAGUGUAUGAAAAACCAGAUGCAAAGUUAAAACCUUAUACAAAGUUAAUUUACAGUUGUUUGUGUUUAUUUCUAUUGAAAAUAGGUGUUCAAGAAACAAGGGUAUCUGUUGCCAGUGCACCUUAUCACUGAAAUAUCCCAAUUCAUUGGAUGCCAUUUUAUGAGUGUGUUUUUUUCUCAGACAGCCUCAUUGCAUGUAUAUGUUGAGCACAUUUUUAACAUUCUUUUCCAUAUAUAAGUAGAUAUAGUGCUUAAGUAAUUCAGAUUGAUGCUUGGUGUUUUAAAGUUGACCUCACAGUGUUGCUUCUCCCUUCAUGGAAAGAACCAAGCCAAGCCAACUGCCAUCUUCUGUAAUUGAAGUCUUGAGUUUAUUUCUCACGGUCUUUGAACUUUUGUGAAUUCAGAAUAUCUGUGUAUGCAUUUUGACCAUGGCAAGAGUCUCUUCUGAAAUACAAGAGACAUGUGCAUCCUUUCUAGACCAAAAAUAAAAUCCAUAGUGUUAGGGCUUAUUGUAAAGCAAGCAAGUGCGGCACUGUGUCAGCCAAGAUCAAAAGGAUUUACAGGGAAAUGUGAUAGCAGGCCCUUGCCUGCUCAGGAGCGGUUUUGCUUGAUUUCAUCUCAAAACUCCUGUUUCUCAAAGAUAUCAAAUGAAGUGAAACUUGCAUGUUUCGUAAUACAAGUUUCAAAUGAGUGUCAGACUGAUGGAUCUCGUCAUAGAAUCUGAGGAAUUGUUGAUGUCAUAACUCUUGAAUCCUGUUGUCUUUGAGACAUCUGUAACAUGCCUUACUCUCAGCUUCACCAACGAGCAUUAAGCAAAUGUCAUGGUGGAUAGGAUGGGCCACUUUCAUGGCUUCUUGUGCUAGCAAUCCUUAUCCUGAAAACAGCAAUACCUAUAUUCAGGGAGAAGCCUGUGGUUCUUGAACAUCUAGUGUUGUAUCUUCAAAAACACCACAAUGCAAUUGUUUAAUAUAAUGGCAGAUUAUGCUGCAUGCCAUUUAAGGAAAACUUUCCAAUUCCUUGUGGUUUUAAUAAAACCUUCAUCAGCAUUUUUGAGCUUCAAACGAUAUGAAUCCUUACGCAAUGGCUAAAAUAGAAUAUGUGAGAACAGAGUCACAUUGACAUGUUCAUUCAUACAAACUGGUGGGUUGUAUUUAAUCUUAUAUCAGAUAUGGAUUUCACAUGGAGCUGUUCAGCAAUGAACUUUGGCUUGAUAGUAGGCUUUCUACAUUUGAAGAUUAUUAGUGGAAGGUCAUGUUGCCGGCCAAUUCUCUUAUUGAAUGAAAUGUGCUCCAAAGUAAAAGGACUGUUCAGAGCCUUCAAACCAACAUAAGAACCCACUUAAAACUAGAAGGAAGCCAUCAUUAUUCUUAAUGGGCUUUGCAUCAGAGCUGAAGACCUUAGUGUGGCACAUCUUCUAUAAUGAGGUUAACUUCAUCAAAGAUGGUGAUCCUCGGUGCAUUAUUUGUUGUUGUUAUUGCUGUAGUUCUAUUAGUGCAACAAUUUUUGUUCAUCCCUUGAGCUGAAUGAAGGAGAGAACAAAGGGAAGGGAAUGUGCAAUGGCAAUUGUAGUACUUGAAUUACAUAAAUACAGAAUGUGAUUCAUAGUAGUCAUACCCUUAUCGGAGAAUAUUUCAUGUGGUUGAUUCAGCUUCCAAGACUGUUACCGCAGUGUGUAAAUAUUACAAAACAGACUCCUGCAUUAAAGUUCAGAUUUUCAGAUUUUGUCUUGCAAGGAACUUCAUGAAUUAUGAUUCAGAAAAGCAGCCUUGCCAUUGAUCUUAUGAAAUUCCUAAGUUACAGGUUCAAAAGGCUAAAUCAAACAAAUCUUAUGUUCUGUCACCUGAAAGAUUUGUCUGUAAGAAAACUUCCUGCAUAGGCCAGCAAAAAAUAAUAAUAAUAAUAAGCCAAAGUAGCCCAUGGCUAGAGUAUCUUUAGACUUCAAAAGUAGAGUAAAAAUAGCCAUGAGCAAGAUGUAUCCCAGAAAUGAUGAUUUGUCUGAGAAAAAUCUUUCUAAACAGUAUUCCAAAUUUUAGCUAAAUGCAAUAUUGGGGUAGGGAGGAGGGGGGGGGGACUGGGAGCCUUGCACUUUAUCUUGUGUUGAUAGAUCCUAAUGUAAAUGUAAGAUGGGAACUCUUGACAUGUAAUUGGAAAUGAUCAGAAGAAAUACCUAGGUAAAGAUGUUUGUCUAAAAAGGCAAACUGUCGAGUGCAGUACACUAGUAGUGCUUAACCCUGUGUAUUGAGAUGAGAGACUGAUGAAUCUUCAAGCCAACUAUCUUAAAAUGAACAUUUCAGUACCCACAGAAUUGAUUAAAGGGCCUAUUUUGACAAAGCUGCUUAUUGUUUCUCCUUCACAUGUUGUCUCACAUGGUCUGCUGUGAUGUUAAAUGUUUUGGAUUCCCCCCCCCCGGUAGAUGUAAAAAAGAUGCAAGACGAUUCUUGCUCUUCUGUAGCGUUAUCCAUACUCAUCAAUUCAUUAAUUAUGUUCUAAAUUUUUAAUGCGGAGGGGAAGGGGCUUAUGCCUUAACUCAGAAUUUCAGUGAAAUCACAUUAUGAAAUGUUUAGCAAUAGCUUUUUGUGCAAAUUGCUUUUUAAUACCUUUUGAAGACUUAUGCUUGUGAGGUUUGCCUUUUUAUUGCAUUGCCUUCAUCCCUUAUGACGUCCUUCUGCACAGCUAGAAAGACACUUAGACAUAUUGGCAGAAGUUCUUUUUUUAAAGCCCUUUUGAAUUAUAAUGGACUUACUGGAACAAAACUUCCCUUCCCCUUCAUUCAUUCUGGUGGGCCUUCAUGUGUUGUACUGAAAUUUAUGCCAAAUGUUUUGGGUAAACUUGUAUUUUUAAUUGUGAAAUAUAACUGUGUACUCUUAAAGCAAUCUAGUAACUUAUAGUGAAACUGUAGAAUUCUUUUCUCCAUGCUGUAUAGUGCACCCUACUACCACUGUGUGUAUGAGAUUUAAACUCUGUGCUGUUCGAUAAAGAUAUAAAUGCUUGAGAUGCAUUUUUAAUAAAUGAUCAGUUGAGCAA